AUUUAAGUAGACCGAUUGAUAUAUUCGAAACCAUGCAACGAACAACAAUUGAAGUUCUUGGAAAAUUGGCAUUUGGUUAUCGAUUUGGUGCAAGUAUUUGCUUUGAUUCUGCUGAAACACCUCACAUUAUAAAUGUUUAUAAAAAUAUAUUUAAAACAGUAGAAUCUGUUUAUUAUCUCAUAUUUCCAUGGUUGAUUAACUUACCGACAGAUCAUAAUAGAAAAUACUUUGAAGCUAAUAAAGAAUUUGAUGAGUUCAUUUUUGACAUUAUUAAGGAAAGGAGAAAUGUUAUUGAGAAUAAGAAGGGUUCAAAUAAUGGCCGGAUCGACUUGCUGACAAGUAUGCUGGAGCUUAGCAACAAGGAGGGGGUUCAUACUGAUUCAAAACAGUUAAGAGAUGAGAUGGUGGGCUUUUUCGUUGCAGGACAUGACACAUCUUCAACGGCAUUAAGCAUUUCGUUUUAUUUCCUUGCAAGAUAUCCGGAAAUGCAAGAAAGAGCACGAGAAGAAGUAAUUAGUAUACUUGGAUAUGAACCAAUUACGCCUACGAUAGAACAAUUAAAGAAAAUGAAAUAUAUCAAUGCAGUUAUUAAAGAAUCCUUACGAAUUUAUCCGCCAGCUACAUCAAUAGUCCCUCGAAAAUUAUCAAAGCCAAUGAAAAUUGGUCCCUAUAUUCUACCAGCGGAAACAAUAUGUACAAUUAAUAUUUGGCAAAUUAACAAUAGUCCAAAAUUUUGGGAAAAUCCUAAACAAUACAAUCCUGAAAGAUUUUUAAAUAAUGAAAAGAUUAACGCAUUUUCUUGGAUCCCAUUUUCUUCCGGUGUAAGAAGCUG